AUGGGGGAAAUCCAUACCCUUUGCAAAAUUUUCAUUGCACAAGUCUUCAAAAGUCUCAUCUGUAGCAACAAGGUGGGCAAGCGACCAAAGGCGAGAUGCUGUAUCACCGUGAACUCACACAGGGAAAUUAUUAACACGGAAAAUAAAGGGCACAGAACAAAAAGAUCACCAGUGACAAAUCACCCAAACGAGGGUAAGUGUAAGUUAGGGAUGCAUCCACUCCAAAUAACCCCCUGGUUUGAAUUCUGCUUCAAAAGUAGCACAUUUGUUGCUGGUGAACAAGCUAUGGUGAAGAAAAAAGCCAUAAAAUAUUUGUAUUAUAUUGAUGCUGCUCAACAUCUCUUCUUCCCCUGGUCUGUUGUUGCUUCUCUGCUGUUUUUGUUCUUUGCUCUCAGUUCCUCAGCUGUUUCAAAUCUAUUUGGCUGCAUAACUCUGUUAGGCUGCAUUCACACGACAGAUUAUUCCACUUUCCUGAUGUUUCCCUAUCUGUUAAUUUCUGCAUUGUAUGUGUGCUUUCAUGGAACAUAAAGGCCACUUCUGGAAGACUAGACAGCAAGCUUAGCACUCAUCUCUGUGUUAUUUCCUUCCAGGGGGAAAAUAAUCUAUUUGCAAAUAACACAAUUGUCAGGAAACCAAUAAUAAGCCGCUCUAUGAAUGCUGAAAACAUAGGAAAAAAAAUAAUUAAAAACACUUAAACAUUAAUAGAAUUAAAACUAUAUACAUAUAUAAAAUCUGCUUAAAACAUACAGAUAAUUACAAUAAAAACAGCACGGCAGCAGCCCUUUCAUCAAAAGCAGUCAGUUCCCCAAAGCCCGCUUGUUUAGAUGAACUUCACAGUAAUGAAAUUAUUAUUUAUUAAAUUUGUAUACUGCCCUUAAUCUGUAGGUCUCUGCGCUUGCUAGUGUGUUAUAUUUUCUGAGUAACAAAGAACUCAAAUAACAUUGAAAUUCAUAAACCCUAGUCAGUCUUGACCACUACUCUGUGUAGCGCUAGAAUUGACCCUGGCACUAUUUCAAUGCCAGCCACUGGCUGCAGAGCUGUAUCCCAUUUGAAGGAAGUCCCAUUUGACUCAGCAGGGUGUGUUCUCAAGUAAAGGAGCCUAAGUUUGGGCUGCACAUCCCAUUCCAACCAUGAAACGGGGAUAUGGUUGUGACUAACAUCCAUGGAUUUCAGUGGAAUUUGAGCCUGGUCUUCACAAACAGCCCUUGGUAUAGAAAAGACUUGUUUCUUGAUACUAUCAUUCCAGACUGUAAGUAAAGGCUCAAAUGGAAGCUCACUGUAGAUAUCACUCCAAGCACAUUUAGUAAAUUAGUUAUUUACAAUAACUCUUUCCCCUAUGUGCUUGCUUACUAUAUGGAGAAGGGUUUUUUUUAUAUGGAGGAGUUUUCAGUCAUAUUUGCCCCUACCUGCAGUCUAACUGGUGUGGUCCAGAAAACAGUUUUACUGUUUUAUCUGUUGUGUUACAGAACAAGGCCUCUGGGAUUAUCCCUGCUUUGUACAGUGGUACCUCGGGUUACAUACGCUUCAGGUUACACACUCUGCUAACCCAGAAAUAGUGCUUCAGGUUAAGAACUUUGCUUCAGGAUAAGAACAGAAAUCGUGCUCUGGCAGUGCGGUAGCAGCGGGAGGCCCCAUUAGCUAAAGUGGUGCUUCAGGUUAAGAACAGUUUCAGGUUAAGUAUGGACCUCCGGAACAAAUUAAGUACUUAACCUGAGGUACCACUGUAUGUGGUUGCAUUGAGAUACUCUAACCUUUUUUCUUUCUUUUUCCCUUACUGUAUUUUAUUUAGGGGGUUUUUUCAGUUUUUGAAAUUUACAAACAAUUAUCAAACAACCAACACAGAAAGAGAAUUCCAAAUACUCUAACCUUCAGAAUACUCUAACCUUUUUUCAGUAGGUCUGGCAUAAUCUAACAAUUCCCUUCUCUUAGCCCCCGAUUCCGAUUCUACAACUCUGUCCCAAGCAAAGAGGAUAAAUAACUUAUAGUUACCCCCCUUCCCCCCCCUUGGCUUACUACGUCCAAGCAAACCACCCUCGGCCAUGCAGAGGAGCGAAAGCCGUCCCACAUGGAUCAAUAUUUUAAUGUGACUUAUCAGGCUGGGUUGUUUACUUAAAAACUCCGGAUCCCAUAAAGGCCAAGGGGGAGCCAGUUUGGGGAACAGAUGCUCUGAAUGCCUCUUCUAGUAAACUGUAUAGACAGAACAACAGCGUUCAGCACUUGAGAGAAAAGCAAAAGCAAAGGAGCUUUAAAGCACAAGACAAAAAUAAGAUCAUGCUGCAAUCCCACAGGACGGUAAGUGAAAUCACUUUCGCGUGUUUCAUUAAAAAUGAAUGAGGGGUUCAAACUGAUGGGUAGAUAAUUGGUACCGAGAGGUACGCGCCAUUAGCGGCAACCGCGAUCAUAUCCUCAAAUACUUUUCAAAGCUUUCCUCCCAUAAAUAGUGUGAUUAUGCUGACUUUGAGGAAGAAAGACAGCUCAUGUCAGUGGCCCACUUGCAUGGGCCAUGUUAACAUCAGAGCUGUUACCCAGAGCUUCACCCGCAAGAUGCAAAACCACAAGUUGCUGUUUUCUCAGCAGACAGACGAGAAGGCAGGGCGCUUUGUGAGUUUGCAGCGACUCCCCCACCCCACCAAGCUGGCUGCCAAAUUUUAAUAUUUUAACUAACUCUGAAUGUGCAGUUUUUGGAGAGGAAGCAUUCCUGCUAUUAGCUCCAGUGAGCCCUGAGAACAAAAGCUAGUUGAAAAUUGACAAAAUAAUGAUGCUAAUAAUAAGCACGAUUGGGUUUUUAUCAGGGAGUAUAUUAGAUUUAUAUAAACGACAACAGCUUUCUUCAAAUCCUUUCCCCUGCGUGGAGCGCAGUCAGCUACACAAUUGUUCCUCGCUGAUAUUUUCCUUUGCCGGUUUUCAGCAAUUGCUUUCACGUCGCUCCCACGCCAUCCUUCAGCCAUGAAAUCCACCAAAGGGGAUGCCGGGGGAACGUAGGGGGCAUUCGUUGCCAUGGGGCUACCAGCAGGCCUCAGCAGCCCUCUCCUCCCUUCUGCUAGCAAGCAGCCGUCUUGUCACCUCCACGUCUAAUAACCAUGAGGUUUGGAAAGAAUGACAAACCCUAGGAACCAAUAUUUCUCUGCUGUUCAUUUUCUGUUUCCCUCCGAGUAAUUGCUAUACUAUGAUGAGUCCUUGAUAACGCUGUGGGGAGGGUGGAAGUUGAGCUCUCCCUCACCCCCCCUUCCCAACUAGGCUUGCCACAUUGCUGGUCCAUUUUAUUUUCUCACCUCUCAAACUAGAUGUUUGCCAAAUUUUGCUCGUUCAUCUUCAAUUGCUUAUAGGUGCAGAUGGGUGAUUCUUACAUGUGUGAGUGGAGACUUAUCUCUUCACUCUACCAUGAGUGGACUGGAGAUUAGUUCUCUCUCACACACCACACACAACUUGACUAGGAACCUUGGAAGGGAGUAUCCGUUGGUGCUAAUGGGGCUUUUUCUAAGGCUCCUUCCUAUCUGUGUGGACAAGGAGUGGGGGCAAGCCAGUCAAGGUGGGUGGUGGGUGGGAAUGCAAGCUACCAUUCCUCGCUCACUGACUUCUCCGUAAGAAUCAUCAUCAUCACCACCACCACCACCAUCACCUACCCAUACAAAGUACUUUGAGACAUUUAGGGUCAGACUCAGCUAAUCGGUCCCAGUAGCAGAAGCCUGUGCAAGGAUUUCUGCUAGUGCAAUUGGGCUCCCCCCGCCCCACUCUUCUCUCUGUAUCCCUCCAAUUUGGGCUGGGGGAGAAUCCUAGAAUCGCAUGCGUCUGGAGGAAAGGUGAGCUAAUUCUAUCAGGCAAGCAGAAAUUCUUGCACCGAUAGAGCAAUCUCCUUAGCACUACAUUGAAUUCUUCCCAUAGUACAGUAUCCUGUUAAUGUAUCCCGUCACCAAGCAAGGAUUUCCACUUCCACGGUGGGACUUUAAUUCCUCUUCGGCCUCUGUGCAUGACCUGAACUCUACCCUGGUCUACUCCAGAGGGUUGAGGGAAACUCUAGAACAGAUUUAGGGUGCCUGGAGGAGAGUGGGGGAACGUUCCAUUGCACAAGCAAAAAUAUUUUCACUGGCAAAACAGCUUUCUUAGUGCUACCAAGGAAUUUUCACAGUGAAAAGCAGGGUAUAAAUGCAUUAAAUAAAGAAAUAAAAUGAAAUGCAUCCUGUGCAUUUAAGCGAACGUUUAGUUUGGCCCUCAAGAUAACUCACUCUUUCAUACCUCCCACUUUUACCAGAUUUACAAGGACUGUGUUUUCCCAGUGUGAGUGUUGUUUACUGGUGCAAACUGGAGCUCUGCUCUAGCUCACUUGACAACAGUGCUUUCCUGUGAAAAUGCUGAAUGGCCUCUUUGCAAUGGUUUCCAAUCAUUUAUUUCUCAGGCCUCAUCAGAGUUCCCCGAGAAGAGAGAUUGCUUGUUAAAGCACUCUUGAGAAUUGUAGCUCUGUUCAUGGAAUACAGGCCUCCUAACAACCAAAUCACCCAGUUCCCAGGAUUCUUUGGGGGAAGCCGGGACUGUUUAAAGUGGUAUGAUACUGCUUUAAAUGUAUGGUGCAGAUGAGGCCUUAGGAAAAUCUCUGGAAAAAUAUAUUUUUGCUUAGAUUUGGCUGUUAAGGAAUCACUUCUGCAGAACCCCCCAUCACUUGAUGGGGAUUCUGGAGUAAGUUUCAGGCCACACCAGAUACCCAGAAAGCCUCGCUAUCCUAUGGGGAUUUAACAUGAAAUCUAGUGUGUCUCUGCUCUGGGUUGCCUUCCACAUCUGGAGGAGAGGCACAUGUCUAAAUUCAGUCAUGUUGCUCUAAUUUUGAUCCCACUUCAUUAUUUACCUUUUCCUUUUAGGAUGUCAGGUUUUAUAUUGUCCUUUCCGUUCAGCUGUAUUUAUUCUCCAGUUUAUCUCUCAUCUCUGGCCCCACUAUAAUUGCCUCCUCUGCCUGUGCAUUCCUCUGGUUCAUUGUCGCUAGUUAAAGCUAGUUAAACCUUUUCUUCUGUUCCAUGCCCUUGACCUUUUCCUAUCCUUUAUCCUUUUCUGUGGAACUCUUUAUACUCACUGAUAUUCAUCAAACCGCUUAUCUUCCACUUAAAAAAAAAUGCCUCAAGACUAAUUUAUUUCAGCGUGUGUGUGUGUGUGUGUGUGUGUGUGUGUAAAGGGCAGAGCUGUAGCUCAGUGGUGAAGCAUCUGCUUUGCUUGCAGAAGUUCUCAAAUUUGAUCCACAAAAAACUGCAUGUAGGGCUGGGAGAGAACCCUCCCUAAAAUCCAGGAGAGCCACUGGCUCUGUAUAAGGCGCACUGUUAGUGGUUCAGCAGUAAAACUGCUCACACAUUUGCAAAGCUAAGCAGGGUCCCAUCAAGUUGGAUGGGGGACUGCAUGUUUAGAUUCUUGCAUUGUGGGGGUUGUACUAGAUGACCCUAGGUGUCCCUUCCAUUUCCUCUGAGAUAAUAUGCCUUCUCUUCCAAUUCUUAGUUUUUAAUUUUUCUUUUUAAUUUUAUUUCUGUCUAAAUUAGGUUGCAAGCCCACUGGGCUGGGCCUGUAUUUAAUAAUAAAUACUAAAUAAUAAUAAUAAAUAAUAAUAAUAAUAAUAAUAAAUAAUAAUAAAUAAAUAAUAAAUAAUAAUAAUAAUAUUUAUUUAUACCCCACCCUCCCCAGCCAGGGCAGCUGACACUAUUAAAAUCACAGUAAAAACAUAAUGUGGGGGGGACCGGGACCAAUGUAAAAUACAGGUUAAAAAUGCAAUUUAAAAUGCAGCCUCAUUUUAAAAGUAGCCCAUUUCUGCACAAUGCCUCGUUUGUUUGGUUUUUUAAAGUCAUUACAACAAUAAUUGUUCUUUCAUAAGGUGAACCAUGAUUUACCUCAGUGCUACUCAAAGUGGUGGUUCACAGACAGGUGCCUCUCCGUGAGCCAUUGGCUGCUGGACUGUGGUGAUUCCAUCAUAACCCAGGUUGGGUGGGAUGCUUCAAGGACCACAUAUGGUACCUGUCCCUGGCACAUUGGGGCUGGGGAAUUACUAACCCGCCACUUCAUAGUUUGAAAAGCACCGAUUUGCAUGACAACAAUAGUCCCUUAAUGAAGUGGAAGGCUUGUGGUUGGGUGCACAUUUAGAUGACUGCGCAGACCGAAAGCUUAGCAGAAAGACAAUGCAAGGCCAAGCUCUCUAGACUGCAACUGAGCAGCAGAGAACAAAGCCAGAGGGAAGCUCUUCCUCUUAAAAGCCUACUGGAUCAGGCCAACGGCCCAUCUUGUCCAGCGCCCUGUUCUGACAGUGGCCAGCCAACCAGAUGUCUGUGGGAAACCACAAGCAACAACAGAUAUCCAACUGCCUCCAGCUAUGGAGGCAGAGCCAGGGAUUGCCCACCCAUGAGGCAAGCUGAGGCAACUGCCUUGCGUGGCAGGAUCCACAGGGGCAGCAGAUCCAGCCUGCAAGGAAUGCAUUGCCUGCUGCCGCAGUGGUAGCGAUGGCUGUGUCACGCUCCCUUGAGGCAUGAUCUGCUGCCUCCUCAGCAGACACUGCUCCAUGCUGCGUUGUCUGCAAUGGCUUUUCUGUGACUUACAUAAAUACAUUUACCAUCUGUGGUGUGGUUGUCCACACAGCAAACUGAGGAAGUCAACAUUGGGGCUAAAACUAGCCAUGAUGGAGACAGCCACACUUAUUGUUCCCUCUCCCUUCUCAUCCUUUGCAGCAAGCGCAUUACUCUCAGCCUGGUUCCAGUACUUACAAGCAGAGAGAAAAAAUGUCUGAUAUGAGGUAGAUAGUGGCAAGGGGAAGCAGCAGAAUGGUUAGGGCCCGGCUCUACUGUUAGGCAGGAGUGAGGAGGCUGCCUCAGGUGGCUGAUGUUGAAGGUGUGGGGGAGCAGCAGAGAGAUGUUGACACUCAUGCGGCCUACCCUGUGCCCUCUUAAGUUAGCCCUCAGUUACCCCAUCCCCAGAGUUGAAGUAAUAUUCCACAGCCAGUCUAUUCUGGUUCCAUAAAUGGAAUGAGGGCGCCAUCUUGUCCUUCUCAGGCAACACAAUGCUUUGGGCCAACUCUGUUGGCUCCCCUCAGCUGUGUGCACAUUCUAACAUUAGCAUCAGAUCCCACUAGGCAUGUGACUGGGGCUGCCCCUAUCAUGUCUGGCCCCAGUUUUGGAUGCAGUUCAGUGGGUCCACAUCCCAGUCAGUUACAUCCAGUGCUAUCAACAUACAUGGAGAACAGAUCGUAGGAAGAAGCCACCUUGCACCAGAUCAGGCUAUUUGUCCACUGAACCCAGGCAGGGGCCCUCCAGGUCAUUAGCUAUGUGAUCAUUAUUUUUUUAAGCAGAUUUACCAAAGGAUCUUCUGCAAAGGAUCUCCUCUCUACCCUCAAACUACAGAUUCACCCCCAGACCUUUGAUUCUGACUUUUCCCCAGUACAUACUAUAUUGGGUGUGAGUUGGCAAAAGUUCCCCCCGCCCAGUUACACAAAGAGGAAAAUGUGUGGUUGGGGCUGAACCCUUGCUGGUGUUUGUAACACAAAGGUUGUCCAGAUUGCAAAGAAUCGUGUGUCUGUUCCCGAUUAUCUUUGUUUCAGAAGCAUUCCAACAAAAAACAGAAAAAGCCGUCCCCUUCCCGCUAUGGAAUCCUGCAGGCCAAACCUGCUGUAUCAUAAGGAAAAAUUGGCUUUCACUUUCCCCAACAAGUUUCUCACCUUGACAAGCUUUUCCAUUUCAUUUCUCGAAGGUUGACAAACUCCUCUCUUUUUAUUGUUUUCCUUCAUUAGGGAAGGAACAAAAAAAUGGGCACUUAGGAAAAUGAAAUGCCUGUUCCUUCUGAAAACUAAUCAUUUUUACAAAAUAGCCUUACACCCACAGUGCCACUUUAAUCAGGUUAGUUAAAUCUUUCUCUCUUUCUCUUCAAAGGGGCUUUUGAAAUUAGAGUGAAACACGGUUCUGGUGGGGAUGAAGGAGAAAGGGCGGGGGAGCUCUGACACUGGAAUACUUAUCUCCAAUCUUCCGACUUCCUUUUCUUUUCCUAUUUGCAACAGCGUGCGUCAAGAACCAAGGCUUGACUUCUCCACAAAGCCAUGUCAAGAGAAACCCCACAAUGCAUCUGUGAUUUUAUGGAUCGUAACCCACUUUGGUAUUAAGACGCAAGAGUUCAACAAGCAAGCAGUUCCUUUAUCUUCGAGAAAGAAGCAAGUUCUCUUCCAGGUAACAUGAAAGAUAAUAUUUGUAUGCAACAUGGUAAUGCACAGUAUUUUGCCCUGCCUCUUCCCUCCAUCCCCCAAAAUGGUGGCAAGGGAAUGAGCAGGGGUACCCUAUCAUGGAGCCAAAAUUCUAUCUACUUCAGGUGCAACAGGUGCCCUCGGAGUUUGCUGCACCAGCUGAGUUUUCAGGGUGUGAUGCCACAAAUGAUGCAAUAUACUCAACUCAAUGCCACAGCUUAGGGCAGAGGUGCAUGUGAAAUAAUCCCGGUCUGAGUGCCAACUGCGUUUCUGCCACGCUGUGUUGAACUAAGGAAGACUUCAAAUCAGGCUGGUGCCCGAUGUAGGGUUUUAAAUCAGCUAAUACAGUAGUGUGCUGCUGUGACCAGUAAGGUCCUAUUGGGUCACGGUCACCAGUCGCAUCACCUGAAUGGCUGAUAGGUCCCAUUAGGUAUGAACAUAUCUGUCAGUUUCAGAUUAUUUUAAUUUCUCUCUCUCCUUUUGGUUUGCUACACUUCUAUAUCAGUUUGUGAUGAAAUUUCCUCUGCCUUUCUCCAAAUAUACCCAUUUAUAGAUGCCAUUUUCCCUAAUGCUUCCCCCCCCCCCAAACUGGUGCAUCUUUAGGCACAUUUUCAUCUAAUAUUUCCAUUUCGGAAGACAUUAUAUGGUUGGAAAACUGCGUCACAUAAUUCGGAAAUGUACUGACUCAUCUUGCUUAGCCACAGGCCCUCCGGGCUGCAUUCUGCAUCUGUCCCAUUACCUACCACAGCCUUUCUCAACCUUGGGUCCCUACAUGUUGCUGGACUACAACUCCCAUCAUCCCUGACCACUGGUCCUGCUACCUAGGGGUGAUGGGAGUUGUAGUCCAACAACAUCUGGGGACUCAAGGUGGAGAAAGCCUGAUCUACUCAUUUGGGUAGUUUAAAACAACAACAGCAACAGCAGCAGCAACAACAACAACAACAACAACAACAACAACAACAACAACAACAGUAUUUGACAUUCAUACCCAUGCGAGAUUUGUGCUCUCCUUAAUCUUCACUCAAUCUACAGCUGUUUGGGAGCUGGGAAUUUAAGGAUAUUUUCUUCAAAGUGCUUUCAAAGUAUCACUGGUUCAGCCCACAUCUCUCAUUAAAGAACAACCCAUCAAAGGCAAGAGAGAGGGCAGGGGUGGAUGUUGCCCUAAGGGGCAUGAGCAACAUGUAUGGGAUCUAAACCAGGGGGAUAAAUCCUGGGUAAUCAGCAUGAGAUCUAGAGAAGGCUUCCUCAACCUCGGCCCUCCAGGUGUUUUGAGACUACAAUUCCCAUCAUCCCUGACCACUGGUCCUGCUAGCCAGGGAUCAUGGGAGUUGUAGGCCAAAAACAUCUGGACGGCCGAGGUUGAGGAAGCCUGAUCUAAAGCAAAAGAAAGACGGGAGCAGUCCACACUGCAGCAUUUUCUUUCUAUUGCUCAGUUGGAAUAUUAUCUGUUUCUGAAGCAUGAUAUGUUAUAGUUAGGCUGAUAUAAUGGGAAAUUAUAGUGCAGGGUUGGUUGUUUCUUCCAUUGUAAGUUCUAUUACUCUGACUUCAGCAAUAGCUGUGAUUUAACGAGUAAGCUGUGGCUAUUUUAGUUUACAACUAAAAUGUCAUUAAAAAAUAUUUUAGGGAAAGUGAAUGGGCCAGACACCCUACUGUAUUGACCAGGAUUCUAGAGUCUCCUUCUGCUUCAUUUACCAUGAGCUACUAGGCUGGGCUCAGUAUGGCUAAAUUGGUUCCAGCCAAACCACAUUUAUAGGUUGGAGUCAAUUGGUUUAUCAACUGUUGACCGUCUAGAUUGCCAAACAGCUUGCAUUCACAAUGGAAAUUAUUUCUGCCUACAGAAUUUAUCAUGUUCACCUCUUUAAACGUAUUCCCUUUCUCUGUUUUAUUGUAGGUACCUGUGGUUAUAAUUUCGGAAAUCUAG